GCAAGGGACAUGACAAUGAGAUAGGAGGAAGAGAGACUCCACCAUACUGUUGUUUCUAUGACUUGUUCAAAUUAAUCAUAUCAAAUCAAAUUGACAAAGAAACACAAAAAACGCACACUAACCGCGUAGUAAAAAAAGUAGAUGAUAGACAGCAACUAGAAGAAGAAGAAGGAGGAGAAGAAGAAGAAGAAUAGAAGAACAUCAUUCAUUCAUUCUCAGCCAGCUCACACAAAAUAGAUCUGAUAGAGAAAGAAAAUGUCACGAGGUAGAUCUGAUUCUGGUAUAUGGUUAAGAUGGUGUUUGGUUUUAUUUGCAAUGGUAUCAGCUUUAGGAGUUUGUGGUCCUGCUCUUUACUGGAGAUUCAAGAAGGGCAUCAGUCUUCGUACUAAUUCUCACUCCAAACUAUCCUGCCCUCCUUGCAUCUGUGACUGCCCUCCUCCUUUGUCCCUCUUCCAAGUCGCUCCUGGGCUGGCCAAUCUCUCUGUCUCAGAUUGUGGAGGUAACAAUCCGGAACUAAGGGAGGAAAUGGAAAAGCAGUUUGUGGACCUACUAACGGAGGAACUAAAGUUACAAGAGUCAGUUUCUGAAGCGCACACGCGGCACAUGAACAUAACUUUGGCCGAAGCAAAAAGAGUGGGAUCUCAAUACCAGAGAGAAGCAGACAAAUGUGUAGCUGCAACUGAAACAUGCGAGCAGGCAAGAGAACAAGCUGAAGCCAAGCUCACCAAAGAACGAAAGAUUACUUUAGUUUGGGAGAAACGGGCACGUCAAAUGGGUUGGGAAGGAGAAUAACUGCAUCAUGUUUAUUAUUCAUAGAUUAAUUCUUUAUGGUUAUAAUCAUCAUUAUAUAUAUAAGCAUGGUUCAAAAUGCUUGAGUUGUCAAAUGAUUCUCCUCCUAAUACUACUAUGUUUGUUUGUGACUGCAUAUGUGCUAGUAUCAACAAAUUUUACCCCACACCUAUGAUACUAUCCAUGGAAGCUAAAAAACUCAUCAAACAUGAUCAGGAACUUCAUUAAUUUAUACACUAUAUUUGGCUGUUUCCAAGUA